UGUCAUGUAAAGACAAGUUAAUUUUUAUUAUGUUUUCAUUUUAAAGAUUUAAUCAUGAGUGAAGAGUUAGAAGAUAUACCAAGUGCUGACACUUGCCAGAAACUGUGUGAACAGUUUGCUGAAAUAACUGAAACAGAUACAAUAUGGGCUCAAAUAUAUCUUCAAGAAAGAAAUUGGAAUUUACAAAGUGCAAUAUCUGACUAUUUCGAAAAAAAUGCAACUGGUAGUCAAAAAAAUAUCAAAGUUUUUCAGUUGAGUGAUUCAGGUGAUUCAUCUAAAGUGUGUGUGUUCUCUGCAGAAAAUAACAGUCAUUCUUCUAAUAAUGUAAAACAUACACUGAAAUUCAUCACUUGGAACAGUGAUGGACUUGAUGAAAAAAAUCAAUUAUUGAGAAUAAGACGUAUCUGUAAGAUAAUAAAGUGCGAAGAUGCUGAUAUUGUCUUUUUGCAAGAAGUUAUUCCAAAAACAUUAGAUGAAAUAGUUAAACAUCUACCAGAAUAUAAAUGCAUUCCAGGUAACAAUGUAGAAUAUUUUACUGUGACGCUUCUCAAAAAGAAUACUGUUUCAUAUAUAGACCAUGAUAUACAUGAAUAUCCAAAUACUCGUAUGGGUAGAAAUUUGCUACAGGUAGAUGUUAAAAUAGGAAAAAUUCCAAUAACAUUAUUUAAUACACAUUUGGAGAGUACAGGAGAAGCUUCACAAGAGAGAAUGCAACAAUUAAGAACAGCAUUUGAUAAAAUGUUGGAAGUUUCAAGUGAAAAAGCUGUCAUUCUAGCAGGAGAUCUUAAUCUCAGGGAUAAAGAAAUGCCACCUCACAGUAUUCCUACAGCAAUUGAAGAUAUGUGGGUAAUUUGUGGCAGUCGAAAAGAGUGUGCUUACACAUGGGAUAUGACAAGGAAUGACAAUUUAACAUUCAAUUCUGGAUCCCGCUAUAAACCUCGAUUCAGAUUUGACCGCGUCUAUAUCAGACAGUCAUCGCCAUCUACAGUCGAACCAGAAUAUUUUGGUCUAAUUGGCUUGGAAAGGUUGCUUCCACAUAGAUGUUUUCCAAGUGAUCAUUGGGGCAUCUUAAGUAAAUUUCAAUAUCAAAAAUAGAUUUUGUUGAAUAAGCUACAACAAUUUCUGUAGAAUUUUCACUCAGUAUAUUUUGUUACAAAAUUUUUUCCAUUCUCAAAUAUUGUGAAAAAUUAUUGAGUUCAUUAUUAUUAUAAAAUUCUUUAUUUAUUUUUUUUAAAUAAAAUUAAAAUGUUACUUUGAAAUUAAAAAUUUAUUGUGUAAAUGAAUAUGAUUUCUUAAAGACUUUCUUUAGUCUUUAAGAUAUCAUAUUUUUUAGAAUCACUUUUAAUUAUUAUUAUUAUUUUCAGUUUAUUUUUCAAUCUUGUAUAUUUUUUAAAAAUAGAUUUGUAUAUAAUUGCUUUACAGUAAUAUAAAAUAUCACACAGGCCAAAGAAAAUUAGUGCACAGCACAGCAGCUUCUGUGGAGGGAAAGUCACUUUGAUUUUCAGCAUCAUAUAACGAACAGGAUUAUGAACUUCAACUUUUAUGUUAUCAAGAUUUAUAAAUGUUUGUUAGCAAAUGGCUAAUGACUAUAUGGAAAACAUACCAAAAGAGUAGUAUUAAACUUUGAUACUGUGCAGAAUAUAUAUUUUUUUCCAGUUAAAAUAAGAUUAAAAAUUAUGAGAUUUUUGUUUGUUUUGUAAAAGUAAAGCAUGUUUUCAAUCUGAAAA